GGAAAAUUGGAGCUUUGGUUUUUGAGUAACUUGGUUAAGUGUAAUCGUUGUUUUGAUAUUUAGUUUAAUUAAUUUGGUGUUUAAUUAAAUUGUUUUCCCUUCAAAAUGUCUACUAAGCCUAAGAUACAAAGUGUCCAAGUUUUUGGUAGGAAAAAAACUGCCACCGCUGUUGCUUAUUGCAAAGCCGGUGGUGGACUUAUUAAGGUUAAUGGUCGACCCUUGGACUUGUGGGAACCUCAAGCUCUUAAAUAUAAAUUAUUGGAACCAAUUCUUUUACUUGGACAAGAAAAAUUCUCUUCGGUUGAUAUGAGAGUUCGUGUACGAGGUGGUGGACAUGUGGCUCAAAUCUAUGCUAUCCGACAAGCCAUUUCCAAAGCACUGGUAUCUUAUUAUCAAAAAUUCGUUGAUGAAGCUAGUAAAAAGGAGAUCAAGGAUAUCCUAAUCUCAUAUGACAGAACACUUCUUGUCGCUGAUCCUAGAAGAUGUGAACCCAAGAAAUUUGGUGGUCCAGGAGCCAGAGCUCGUUACCAAAAAUCUUACCGUUAAAAAAGAUCUUUUGUGUUUAUAUACAGAGAUAUUCUUCUCGAUUAAAACCCUCUCUUGAGUUAACUUAA